GUACACCAUUCAGUUGUGCUAAGAUCCGUCGACUAUUCACAGCACGGCAAUUAAUAGAGUUAUGGACAUCACGAAGGUCAUUCCGCAACAAUAAAAUUAAAUUCGUAAAAUUAGGUGAACAGACAACAACUGUAACUGUUAAUGGAUUGCGGAUAAGGUCAGAGGAGCAUCAAUCCGCUGUGGAGGUGACUGUGGAGCAUCGCAACUUAGAAACCGCCUUCUCGUUAGUGAAGUGUUUCCCAAAUCAACCAUUACUUCGUGCUACUGGGAAAUAUGUCGAGAAUACUAUAUUUUUUGGGUGCAUGUUUUUUAUGUAUUGAAGCACAAAACAGUAUAAACAUAGGAGAUGGCCUCAAUACCUUCGCAACAAAUUUACUGCAGGCUACUGCAGAUGAAGCUGGGGAGGAGAUGAAUUUAGCCCUAUCCCCAUAUACAGUAUGGUCACUCUUGAGUAUAAUAUCAGAGGGGGCUAGAGGUAACACUUUGAAGGAGCUGGAGACCGUAUUGAACAUCCCCUACGACAAAACUGAAUUCAGAAAUGAAUAUAAACAAUUACGUGGGACUUUACAGAAUACGACUGUUGGUGUGACAUUGGAACUGUCCAGUGGAAUUUUCACCAAUAAAAAACAUUCGUUGAAACAAACGUUUCAAGACAGGACGAAGGAAUACUACAGUAUUGAUGUAAUGCCGGCUGAUUUUAAAGAUUUGAAGGCGUCAACUGAAUUGAUCAACAACUACGUUGCCAAAGCAACAAACAACAGGAUAGUGGAAUUCAUUUCACAAAGUGAUGUCAAAGAUGCAGAAAUUUUCUUAACAAGCACGCUGUAUUUCAAGGGAGAUUGGACGUAUCCUUUCAACAAGACUGCCACAAUGAAAAAACCGUUCUUCAAUGAAAAAGGGGAAGAAAUUGGUGAAGCUGACAUGAUGUUUUUAUCUGCAUCUGUAGCUUUCCUCAGAUUAGAAGCGUUGAAGGCUCAAGCUGUCUUACUUCCUUAUGGGAAUGGUGCUAAGAUGUCAAUGGUUAUUAUUUUACCAUUAAAAGGUGCCAGCAUAACGGAGGUGUUAGAGCUCGUGAACAAAAUGGAAAUGAGAACUAUUAUUGAAAAACUGAAGGAAGCAGAACAACAGUUCAUUGACGAAGAUGUUAAUGUUUUCCUGCCAAAAUUCUCCAUUUCAUCUGAUUUGAACAUGAACGUUGUUUUAGACAAGAUGGGACUGAAAGAGGUAUUCGACUCCCAAAAAGCUGAUUUAUUGAAUAUGGUGAAUCAAUACCUAUACGUCUCCAGGCUUAUUCAAAAAGCAGAAAUAGAUGUUGAUGAAGAAGGGACCAUAGCAGCAGCAGCAUCAGGUGCUGCUGUUACGUAUAAACAACAAACACCAAAAUUCAACGCAAAUCGCCCUUUCAUUUAUUCCAUAGUUGAUAUGGAGGCAAAAAGUGUGGUUUUCAAUGGAGUGUUCAGGAAUCCUAAAAGGGCAACAAAAUCGAACUAAUAAAUUUGAUAAUUGAGUA